CCCAAUAUUGAUGCCCACACGUUCGAGAUCAAACCCGCAAUGAUCCAAAUGGUCUCGAACAAUCAAUUUGGGGGUCUUAAAAAUGAAGAUCCAAGAGCGCAUAUGUUAUGGUUCUCUCGAACUUGCCAAACAUUCCGGACGAAUGGAGUGUCUGCUGAUCGUGUUAAACUAUCACUGUUUCCCUUCUCACUACGAGAUAGGGCAGCACGAUGGUUGAAUACGUUCUCGAAAGGACAUUUCACCACAUGGGAGGCGCUUCAUCAAGCCUUCAUGCACGAAUACUUCCCACCAUCUGCCAUUGCAAAAAUUAAAAGAUCUAUUCAGAGUUUUUCUCAAAAUUCGACUGAAUCUUUAAGUGAAGCAUGGGAAAGAUUCAAGGAUCUGAAUAUCAAAUGUCCACCUGCUCUAAUUGAUCCAGACAGCCUAAUGUUCCAUUUCUACCAAGGACUUCUGGUUUCAUCGAAGAAAGAACUAGACCACUCUUCAAAGGUCGGUUCUUUCCUAGAUAUGACGCCGGAGGAAAAUGAGGAAUUGGUGGAAAAACUCACAUCAAAUGCCAAAUACUGGUACGAAGACCGAGUUCCACAACAAAAAGCUGGAAUGUAUGAGGUGGACACUUUCACCGCACUCAAGGCAAGUAUGGAAAGUCUCAUCAAGCGGACCAUCCAAGAUCAGUUCAGUGCAAGUUCGCAUCCAAACAAACAACAUGAAUCAAUUGCUCAGGCCGAUGCUUACUAUCAAGGAGGAUCUAGUUCACACCAAAAUGAACUGGUCCUGUCUUGUGAAUCUUGUACAGGUGCACACCUGACAUCUCAGUGCCCGUACAAUGAAAGCACAACAAAGGAACGGCCGCGUGAAGUACACUUGGCACAAUAUGCCAAUAAAGGGGAAGGACCAUGGGCCCCUAAUCAGUACCAGCCAGCUUAUCAGCGCGAUGAUCCUUCGAGGGAGCGCAACAAUAACAAUUUCCAGCGAAAUAAUCGUUCAAGGGACGAUUACAAACAAGGCGGCUGGAACAACAACAUCAAUUGGAAUAGUCAAAGAGGGUCUGGCUAUAACCAAGGGGGAAAUACUCAAGUGUAUGUUCCCCCACACCAAAGACAAGCUGAGGAUCCUAUGGCCGAAAUGAAGAGGAUGAUGGAGGAGCAAAAUAAAAAGAGUGAAGAAAGAAUUCAAAGGAUAGAGGAAUCUAUGAGACAAAUAAUGGAUAAGAUGACAAUCAGACCUCCUAGAACUCUCCCUGCCAAAACUGAAACCAAUCCACGCGAACAUCUUAACGCUGUUACUCUACGCAGUGGAAAGGAAGUUCAAGGCGUUGGUCAAAGUACUGAACCAACAUUGGAGGAUGAGUCUGAGGUUGAACUAAUUAGUCAACCAACUGAAGAAAAGAAGAAGGAACCAGAAAAUAAAGAAGAAAGGAAGGAUAAGGAACCUUCCCAGUCCCAACAUCCAAACAGCAAUCUCCUACCAAAGAAGGUGACCGUACCCUUUCCAUCAAGGGUAAAGAAGAAGAAUGAUGAUCAAGCUUUCAAGAAGUUUCUAGACAUCAUGGGCCAAGUGGAAGUCAAGUUGCCCUUGAUUGAUGUCUUAACUGAGAUGCCGAAGUAUGCCAAGUUCAUCAAAGAUUUGGUUAUGCAUAAAAAGGACUGGGAAGGGGUUUCAAUGAUCAAUCUGAAUGCGAGCUGCUCCGCGUUGCUACUCCAACAAUUACCUGAAAAGUGCAAGGAUCCAGUGGACACAAAGGGUGACGCCUUCGCGAGCCGAACUUAUCCCACCAUUCCUACUGGGUCAUUCUGUGGAAAGAUGGCAGGAGCACCGAUCGAUCCAUUCAGGAGGGCACGUGAUCUUCAGUUGCCACUUCUUACUCCGGAGGCACAGGAGCGAUUCACUACGUGGGCCCAGCACCGAUCUUUACAGGCCCUAGUUAUUCUUGAUCAGAGACCCCUUGUUGCAGCCGGGGUUUGGGCAUAUGUUGAGGCCUCGAUUAGGCCAUCUGGUUGGGAGCGUUUACUUUCCUUACGAGCUGAGGCUAGCUUGCCUCUCACUAUUGAGUUUCUGUGCUCAUUGCGGCCUUUACUGGGGUUUGAGCGGCGAGAUGAUGUAGGGAUAGCUAUGAGGCAUGACAGCCGCCUCAUUUUCACUCUUCUAGGUCAGCGACAUACUCUUACUGUCGCUGAGCUUGGGUGGAGAUUAGGCAUAUAUACUCAGGAGGAGAUCUCACAUUCAUCCUUUGCUGACCUUCCCAUUACUGUUCCUGAGGACUUUGACGUCCAGGCUUUUUGGACUGCACAUGCACGCACUGAUGCUCCUUUCGAGCAUCAGCUUAGUCGAGCUUCUGACUGGGCCGAGCCUUCCUGGAGGCUUCUCACAUUCCUGAUGUCCAUGAGCUACUUUGGGAGACCCAGUAACAGCAACCGGGUCUAUUCUUCUGACAUGCUCUUCUUCUGGAGCAUAGCACAUCAGCGACAGGUUAAUUUGGCUGUUUUCAUCGCCCGAUUCUUGUGGUCUCAGACAUAUGGUACACGUAUCACGGUGGUUUGCGGCCCGUUGAUCACACUUCUUCACAGCACCAUGAUACAACACAUUAGACUUCAGAGAAGUCAGAUACGGAGGAUUAGACCGAGAGAGGGGCCAUCACCUCGACCUCAUCCUGCACCACAGCCACAGAGUACAUUUCAGCAGGGACAGAGCUCUACUGGGGUGGAGAACCUUCAGAUACCCCUAUGGGCACAGACAUUGAGUACUCAGAUGCAGAGUCUUCAGUACAACAUGAGUGGGUUUCAUGGUAGAUUGGAAGAGUUACACACAAGGUUCACCGAAUUUGAGCAGCGUUACGAGGCAGAUAUGACCAGGCUUAUCGACCAGCAGGAGGCUCAGUGGACUAACUACUACAAUAUCGAUUUCGACCCCUCGGUGGAAUCCCCUCUAGUCCCAGUUUGGGUAGGGCUAGAGGGACUGCCAAUCCAUCUCUUUGACAAACCCACCCUUUUCUCCAUUGCUAAAUUAUUUGGCUCUCCACUGCAAACUGAUGCAGCCACUGUGAAUUUGAGUAGGCCUAAUGUGGCCAGAGUCUGUGUGGAGGUUAACCUUUCAAAGGAACUUCCCAAGGCUAUUUGGAUACACUUAGGUAGCUCAUCCUACCUUCAACCCCUUCUUUUUGAAAAUCUGCCAUCCUAUUGUAACUCCUGCCAUCAAUUGGGUCACAAGUCCUGCAAAUCAGGAACCAGAAACUCUCGCUGGGUUAGGAAAACCAAGCCAAGAGGCAAGGCUGUGGCCCCUGGCCAGCAGGUCUGUUUUCCUAGUAGCGCAGCUGUGCCAACCUCUACUACCCCCAUUACUUUUGGUAGCUUUGAAACUGGUCACCAGUACGUCACAACAAAGGACAUAGGGCCAUGCCCUACAAUGAGCAAGAAUGGUCCUCCACCACGUUUGGACAGUACUGCUUUGGCCCCUAUAACUGAUGCCAACUUGACUUUAAAUGGCCCUCCCCUUACAGGUUUGGACAGUACUCCUUUGUCCCUCCUAACAGAUGCUAAUUUGGAUGCCUUCUACUUGGAAUGUGCUCAACACCAAGAUACCAAAGACAGCCCAUUACUGACUGGUCCAUGUGAGCUUGAAUUCACGAAAGAAGGACCCUUCUACCCCGUUGAACAGAAUUUGUCACCCCAGAUCCUCCCCCAAUCUCAAAAUGAUGGUUAUGACCCAAAUCAUACCGAUGAAAAUAUGAGAGCACACGAGACUCACCGUGAGUCCUCGGAUGGCACUCCAUCAGACACUACGGUCCCUCCCAUUGGAAAUGAUGAUGCUUUAUCUGAUCCAUCUACCCACACCAAAGUUCAUGCUGGAAAAGAUGACGAGGCCGGUAAGGAUGCUCUCUCCGAGGCAGAACCGGUUUCACCCCACACCCAGGAGGGGAAUACUAACAUUUCUUUUGAGCCUAGGUCUUUUUGCAGGUAUAUCAAGGUCACUGAACAACGAAGCAGCCCUUCGUUACAAGAAUUCCAAAAAUUGAGCUUCACGGAGCAAAUUGCAGAACUGAAACGAGGGCACCAACAACUCAACUUCAUGCAACCAAAAACUCCAUUUCAAUCAAUACAAGGUAUAGGUCCAAAACUUGACGAUGCCAAUCUUUUCGAAGUUGAAGUCCUUCAAGACCAUGAUGAAAAUGAAACUCAUGAAGAGAGCGAUCCUGAAACUCCAACCAUUGAAAUCCGCCAUAAAGGAGAACCUCCUGACGUGACGAUCCAGACGCGCAGUGGUCGUGUUCCAUAUGCGGGGCGUGGCCAAAAUACUCGCGGGAGGGGGCGUGGAAGACGCAAAAGACGUGGCAACCACAACCUAUCCUAGUCCUCUUAAAUUAUCUUUUCACUUUCUAUUGCUAUCCACCUGUUUUGGAUAGUAUUGUUUCCUUUAUGAGGGCUUUGGUCUAGUCCU